CCCGGAAGGGAGCUUCCGAGCCCGGAUCCUGGGCUGGCAGGGGUCUCCCCGGCUCUCGGACCUCGGCUCCCACCCCCGACCCCACCGCGGCGGAGGAGCCCCAGGAGGGGCCGGGCACCUCCCCGGCCCUCGGGUCUGGGGCAGGAGCAGGGACGCGCGGGGAGCACGGAGGGGGCGGCACCGCGCCGAGGGGGCGGGCCCCAAACUUUCGUGCGCCUUGAAAGCGGCUGGCGCGGCUGAGCGGACUCCACCCCUGACCCGCAGCCCCUCGCCUCCGGCCGCACUUCCCGCUCUCUGCGCAGCCCGCCGCCCCCGCCAUGGCGAAGCCCCUGACAGACCAGGAGAAGCGGCGGCAGAUCAGCAUCCGCGGCAUCGUUGGCGUGGAGAACGUGGCCGAGCUGAAGAAGGGCUUCAACCGGCACCUGCACUUCACGCUGGUCAAGGACCGGAACGUGGCCACCCCCCGCGACUACUUCUUCGCGCUGGCACACACGGUGCGCGACCACCUGGUGGGGCGCUGGAUCCGCACGCAGCAGCACUACUACGACAAGUGCCCCAAGAGGGUUUAUUACCUCUCUUUGGAAUUUUACAUGGGUCGAACAUUACAGAACACCAUGAUCAACCUCGGUCUGCAAAAUGCUUGUGAUGAGGCCAUUUACCAGCUUGGAUUGGACAUAGAAGAGUUAGAAGAAAUUGAAGAAGAUGCUGGACUUGGCAAUGGUGGUCUUGGGAGGCUUGCUGCCUGCUUCUUGGAUUCCAUGGCAACCCUGGGACUAGCAGCCUAUGGAUAUGGCAUCCGGUAUGAAUAUGGAAUCUUCAAUCAGAAAAUCCGAGAUGGAUGGCAGGUAGAAGAAGCGGAUGAUUGGCUCAGACAUGGAAACCCGUGGGAAAAGUCCCGCCCAGAAUUCAUGCUGCCUGUGCACUUCUAUGGAAAAGUAGAACACACCAAGACCGGGACCAAGUGGAUCGACACUCAGGUGGUCCUGGCUCUGCCAUAUGACACCCCAGUGCCUGGAUACAUGAAUAACACCGUGAACACCAUGCGCCUCUGGUCUGCUCGGGCACCCAAUGACUUUAACCUCAGAGACUUUAAUGUUGGAGACUACAUUCAGGCUGUGCUGGACCGAAACCUGGCUGAGAACAUCUCCCGGGUCCUCUAUCCCAAUGACAAUUUUUUUGAAGGGAAGGAGCUCAGACUGAAGCAGGAAUACUUCGUGGUGGCUGCAACCUUGCAAGAUAUCAUCCGCCGAUUCAAAGCCUCCAAGUUUGGCUCCACUAGUGGUGCAGGAACUGUGUUUGAUGCCUUCCCAGAUCAGGUGGCCAUCCAGCUGAAUGACACUCACCCUGCACUUGCCAUCCCUGAGCUGAUGAGGAUUUUUGUGGAUAUUGAAAAAUUGCCCUGGUCCAAGGCGUGGGAGCUCACCCAGAAGACCUUCGCUUACACCAACCACACGGUGCUUCCGGAAGCCCUGGAGCGCUGGCCCGUGGACCUGGUGGAGAAGCUGCUCCCUCGACAUUUGGAAAUCAUUUAUGAGAUAAAUCAGAAGCAUUUAGAUAGAAUUGUGGCCUUAUUUCCUAAAGACGUUGACCGUCUGAGAAGGAUGUCUCUGAUAGAAGAGGAAGGAAGCAAAAGGAUCAACAUGGCCCAUCUCUGCAUUGUGGGCUCCCAUGCUGUGAAUGGCGUGGCUAAAAUCCACUCAAACAUCGUGAAGACUGAAGUAUUCAAGGACUUCAGUGAGCUAGAACCUGACAAGUUUCAGAAUAAAACCAACGGGAUCACUCCAAGGCGCUGGCUUUUACUCUGCAACCCAGGACUUGCAGAGCUCAUAGCAGAGAAAAUUGGGGAAGACUAUGUGAAAGACCUGAGCCAGCUGACAAAGCUCCACAGCUUCCUGGGUGAUGAUGUCUUCCUCCGGGAACUCUCCAAUGUGAAGCAGGAGAAUAAGCUGAAGUUUUCUCAGUUCCUGGAGAAGGAGUACAAAAUGAAGAUCAAUCCAUCCUCCAUGUUUGACGUCCACGUGAAGAGAAUACACGAGUACAAGCGACAGCUCUUGAACUGUCUGCACGUGAUCACAAUGUACAACCGCAUUAAGAAAGACCCUAAGAAGUUAUUUGUGCCAAGGACAGUUAUCAUUGGUGGUAAAGCUGCCCCAGGAUAUCACAUGGCCAAAAUGAUCAUAAAGCUGAUCACUUCAGUGGCAGAUGUGGUGAACAACGACCCCAUGGUUGGAAGCAAGUUAAAAGUCAUCUUCUUGGAGAACUACAGAGUAUCUCUUGCUGAAAAAGUCAUUCCAGCCACAGAUCUGUCAGAGCAGAUUUCCACUGCAGGCACUGAAGCCUCGGGGACAGGCAAUAUGAAGUUCAUGCUAAAUGGGGCCCUAACCAUCGGGACCAUGGAUGGGGCCAACGUGGAAAUGGCAGAGGAAGCCGGGGAAGAGAACCUGUUCAUCUUUGGCAUGAGGGUAGAUGAUGUGGCUGCUUUGGACAAGAAAGGGUACAAGGCAAAAGAAUACUAUGAGGCACUUCCAGAGCUGAAGCUGGUCAUCGAUCAAAUUGACAAUGGCUUUUUUUCUCCUAAGCAGCCUGACCUCUUCAAAGACAUCAUCAACAUGCUAUUUUAUCAUGACAGGUUUAAAGUCUUCGCAGACUAUGAAGCCUAUGUCAAGUGUCAGGAUAAAGUCAGCCAGCUGUACAUGAAUCCAAAGGCCUGGAACACAAUGGUUCUCAAAAACAUAGCUGCCUCUGGGAAAUUCUCCAGUGACCGAACAAUUAAAGAAUAUGCCCGGGACAUCUGGAACGUGGAACCUUCGGAUCUGAAGAUUUCUCUAUCCAAUGAAUCUAACAAAGUCAAUGGAAAUUGAAUUCUAAAAUAUCUCUCGGAAGCAUAGCUUCUUACUGAACUUGAACAUUUUUAUAACAUUCAAUGGUUUUGUUUUGUUAGCUAAAAAUCUAUAAUAGUUGAGUAUUCUCUGGGAAUGGGAACGGAAAGUAUAUAUAAUAGACCUUAAAAAUAAAGUAUCAAUUUCCAAGGGCUA